CUUGUCCUUUUGGGCUUUUUCUAAUCUCAUUGGACUCUACUUAUCGGCAAAAUAUCGGCUUAAAAGCUUUGAAUCACUUCGAACGGUUCCCUCGUUAGUGGUAAUGGUUGUGAUUUCUGACGAUCAACUUAUACAAGAAUAGAAGCAACCAACAAAUUUCAAGUAAAUGAAAAAAACAAACUUGCAAACUUCUAAAUCUAUUAAUUUAAUAUAUUUUUAGGUUAUUUUCGAAGGUGUAGUUGAUCCAAGUUAUCUUCGUGAUAUUUCAAUUGAUAAUAUUUCUAUUCCAUCAGAUCCAUCUACUGCUCAUGAUUCAUGCACAUUUGAACAAGAUUAAUGUGUUUGGACACCAUCUAAUGGAAAAGAUGAUAUUGAUUGAUAUUGUUUAUCAUCAAAAUAAAUAAGUUUAUUAUAUAAUAGAAUAGAUUAUCCAUUAACUGAUACAACAAUAAAUAAUACCUAUGGACAUUUUCUUUGUGCAACAUCUAAUUUUCAAUCAAAUCGUAUUGAUCAAUCAUUAUGUCUUUAUUCUGAAACUCUUUUAACUUACCAAUAUCAAAAUGGUGCAUGUUUAAUAUUGAAUUCUUUUCUAAUUGGUUCAUCAUCAUUAAGAGUUUAUUCACGUGCACGACCACUUGAUCAAAAUUCUUCAUUAUUAUGGCCAAUUGGUGGAGUACGGAGGCGGAUCAUUUAUUAA